AUGUCGAUCGACGAUACCCCGAACCCCCUCCGCAUCGUGAUCAUCGGAGCUGGUAUUGCCGGACUCAGCGCAGCUAUUGCUCUGAGCAAACAGGGUCAUCAUGUCAUUGUCAUCGAAAAGUCUAAGUUCGCACGCGAAACGGGCGCAGCUAUCCACAUUCCCCCGAAUUGCACGGCGCUGUUGCAAUGGAUGGACGUUGACCCGAGGGACUUUGGAGGGACUUUGGUUGAGCAGAUCCAUCGAUACGAUUCCAACGGCGAACUGAAGUACCAGAAAGAGCUCUCCGGGAUCCGGGGACAGUGGCAGGCUGAAUGGUACCUCGUCCACCGCGUCGACCUCCACAACUACCUCAAAGAACGCCUCAGCCGAACCCAAGCUACCCUCCACCUGGGAUGCAAAAUCACCAAUAUCAACAUCGAAAGCGACCAACCCACCGUAACGCUCGACGACGGCCGUGAGUUCACUUGCGAUCUCCUACUCGGCGCGGAUGGCCUACAUUCCAUGCUCCGCACCCACAUCAUCCCCAACUUCCCCUCCGCCUACCCAGCAGGAAAGUCCACCUUCCGCUGGCUGCUCCAAACAGAGGAGCUGAAGAACCACGAAGCCACAAAAGACGUAGUCGGGGACCCGGGCGUAUUCGUUGAAUGGGCAGGUAACGACAGACGAAUCGUUGCGUACCCGUGUUCGAACAACAGGAUCUUCAAUCUGGUCGGGUUCAUGCCGACGGCUGAGUCGGGCACCUACGGUGAAGGCUGGCAAGCAGUUGGCGACAAAUCGGCCCUGGCAAAGGGCUUCUCGGGUUUCGCUCCCUCAGUUGAGAAGAUGAUCGAUAUGGCCGGUGAUGAUCUUAAGGUGUGGGAGUUGGCCGAUAUGGAGAGAAUGCCGACUUGGGUUAGGGGCAGGGCUGCCCUGGUGGGUGAUUCGGCGCAUCCGUUUCAGCCUUACAUGGGCCAAGGCGCCGCAAUGGCCAUUGAAGAUGCGCUAAGCAUCGCUACCCUGCUCCCACUGGGUACAAAGGCCGAGGAUAUUCCGUCCCGACUAGCGAUCUAUGUGAAAGCGCGUCAAUCGCGGGUUGAUUAUGUCUUGAUGUAUACCCGGCUGAACGGAGCAGAUGAGAACGAUCCGUCUGUGCAGAGGAUGACUGCUGCAGAGAUGGUCAAGGCAAUGGGUCUUUGCUUUGCGCAUAAUGAGAUUGAGCAUUCGAGGCAGCUUUUGGAGGAGGAAAGGGGGCGUUGA